AUGACUUAUUCCUAUCCGCGUCGUUCUCCAUCUCCUUUAUAUGAACCUUAUCCACCUAUAUUGGAUCCACGAUAUCCCAGUGAGAGGGAACGAGAACGAGAACGCGAUUACCCACCUCGAAGAUCUGCCCCUCAAAACAAUGCCAGCACAGCUGAGCCCAAUAACGUUCUUGGUGUAUUUGGUUUAUCCAUUCGAACCCGUGAAAGAGAUCUCGAAGACGAAUUCAUGAGAUACGGUGAUGUUGAAAAAGUUGUCAUUGUUUACGAUCAACGAACUGAUCGAUCCAGAGGGUUCGGUUUUAUCACCAUGAGAACUAUCGAAGAUGCUACUCGAGCCAUCGAGAAACUCAACGGUUUAGACUUACACGGUAGAAAUAUCAGAGUCGAUUAUUCUGCAACUCAAAAGCCUCACGCUCCUACCCCAGGACAAUAUAUGGGUGUUAAAAGACCUGCUACCGAUGAUCGAUACGAUCGAAGAGGUGGAGGCGGUGGUUAUCCCCCUCCCAGAGGCUAUGACAACCGAUACGAACGAAGAGACUACGGCGGUGGCGGUGGAUACGAUAACAGAAGAGGAGGUGGUCACGGUGGUUAUGACAACAGGGGCGGACAUGACAGCCGAGGUGGUUACGACAACAGAGCUCCUAGACACGGUCAUGACGACAGAGAGCGAUACAGGGACCGAGACGAACAUGCCCCUCGACGGGAUUACGAUGAGUACUCCAGUCGACCCAAGAGGGAGGAAUACGAUUCUAGAAGACGAUCUCCCAGCCCCAGAAGACCAAGAUACUCCGCUUCUCCCGAUAGAGGAUCCAGAGCUCCUAGAGAUUACGAGUCUGCAUCCGGUGCAGCUCCUGCCCCUGAAGCUACAAGAUAUUAA